AACAGUAAUGAGACGCACCGCUAACACUUCCUAACGUCUAUGUUCCUAACACAGCUCGUCAAUUCAUUACUUUUAACGAACCAAAUACGUUCUUGUAGUUUUGACAUAUGGCUUCAACCAUGAUUCCAUACACUGUCAAUAUUAAACUGGCUGCACGAACAUUGACCGGAACCCUUAAUUUACAGAACAAGACAGCAGUAGAUUGGGGAUGGCAGGGACUGAUUGCUCAAGGCUGUCACUCAAGUAUCCUCAUCAUUGAUCCAAAAACAGCUCAGGCCAUUCAGGUCCUGGAGAGACACAAAGCAAGUGUCGUCAAGGUAAAAUGGUCCAGAGAAAACUAUCACCACAGUCUCAGCUCACCCUACUCUCUUCGCCUGGCAUCUGCAGAUGCAGCAGGGAAGAUUAUUGUGUGGGAUGUGGUGAGUGGUAUGGCACACUGUGAGAUCCAGGAACACACCAAACCUAUUCAGGAUAUGGACUGGCUGUGGGCUCAGGAUGCUUCUCGUGAUCUUCUUCUGGCUGUCCACCCUCCCAACUAUAUUGUUCUGUGGAACGGAGACACUGGCACCAAGCUGUGGAAGAAGAGCUAUGCUGAGAACAUCCUGUCUUUUUCCUUUGACCCGUUUGAGCCCUCCAAUCUGGCAUUGCUGACCAGUGAGGGAAUAGUGUUCAUCACAGAUUUCUCACACUCUAAACCACCGGGUAGUGGAGGUAAAAAGGUUUAUAUCGCCAGUCCUCAUUCCAGCCCUGCCCAUAGCAAACCUGCUGCAGCUCAACCCACCGGUGCCAAAAAAGCCCUCAAUAAGGUCAAAGUGCUCAUCACCAAUGAGAAACCUACGGCUGAAGCAGUGACUCUUAAUGACUGUCUCCAGCUGUCAUAUCUGCCGUCUAAGAGGAACCACAUGUUGCUGUUGUACCCCAGAGAGAUUCUCAUCCUAGACUUGGAGCUCAGUCAGACCGUUGGAGUGGUUGCCAUUGAGCGCUCUGGCGUGCCAUUCAUACAGGUGAUUCCUUGUGCACAGAGAGAUGCUCUAUACUGCCUCCAUGAGAAUGGUUGCAUUACACUGCGUGUGUGCCGUUCCACAACACCUUCUCCUAAUGAAACAGGCAAGACAGUGGCCGAUCCAGAGCAGAAUGUUCAAGAGCUGGUAUAUGAUCUCCGCUCCCAGUGUGAUGCCAUCCGUGUGACUAAGACAGUUCGGCCCUACCGAGUGGUGAUCUGUCCUGUCAAUGAGAACAGUGCUGCACUGAUAGUCAGUGAUGGAAGGGUAAUGCUGUGGGACCUCAAAGCUAAUGCCAGUAAAUCUUCAUCCAGCCUGAGUUCUGGCUUGCCUCCUUUGUAUUCUCCUGUGAAUUUCUGUGGGACACCUUUACAUCAGAGUCAAAAAUGCAUCCCGGAUAUUUCUUUGAAUACAAUGAUAGGUCACAGUCUGAUUUCUGGAGUGGACUCCCCACGACCUCAGGCAAAUCAACAGGAAGUACAUCUGAAGUUCCUGUUGACAGGCCUGCUGUCUGGCCUGCCCAUGCCCCCAUUCUCCCUAAGGAUGUGCCCUCCACUUACCACCAAGAACAUCAACCACUACCAGCCCUUAUUGGCUGUGGGUUCCAGCAAUGGCUCUGUGCUGGUGUACAACUUGACCAGUGGCCUCCUGCACAAAGAGCUAAGUGUCCAUUCUUGUGAAGUCAGAGGAAUCGAAUGGGUUAGUUUGACUAGUUUUCUGUCCUUUGCCACCUCUGUUCCCAACAACCUUGGGCUUGUGAGGAAUGAACUGCAACAUGUGGACUUGCGCACAGGACGGUGCUUUGCAUUUCGAGGUGAACGUGGCAAUGAUGAACCAGCCAUUGAAAUGAUUAAAGUGUCCCAUCUGAAGCAGUACCUGGUGGUGGUGUUCAGAGAUAAACCUCUGGAACUCUGGGAUGUGCGCACAGGAACCCUUCUGCGUGAGAUGGCCAAGAACUUCCCUACUGUCACUGCCCUGGAGUGGUCUCCUUCUCAUAACCUUAAAAGUCUGAAGAAAAAGCAGCUAGCUGCACGAGAGGCCAUGGCCAGACAGACCACCCUCGCUGAUGCUGAACAGAGCAGUGUAGAAUCCUCUGUUAUAAGUCUGUUGCAGGAAGCUGAGAGUAAAUCUGAAAUGAGUCAGGGCAUAUCAGCUCGAGAACACUUUGUGUUUACUGACACAGAUGGACAAGUCUAUCACAUCACUGUGGAAGGCAACAAUGUGAAGGACGGGGCACGUAUUCCACCUGAUGGCAGUAUGGGGAGUAUUGCCUGUAUUGCGUGGAAAGGAGACACCCUAGUUCUGGGAGAUGUAGAUGGAAACCUAAAUUUUUGGGAUCUAAAAGCUCGUCUUUCAAGGGCUGUACCUACACACCGCGGGUGGGUGAAGAAGAUUCGUUUUGCUCCUGGGAAAGGCAACCAAAAACUCUUGGUGAUGUACACAGAUGGAGCUGAGGUCUGGGACACCAAAGAGGUGCAGAUGGCGAGCAGCAUCCGAGUGGGGCGCAAUGUGAAUUAUAAGAUUCUGGAUAUUGACUGGUGUACAUCAGAUAAAGUGGUGCUGGCAUCAGAUGAUGGCUGUGUGAGAGUGCUGGAGAUGGCCAUGAAGUCUGCCAGUUAUAGAAUGGAUGAGCAGGACCUGACGGAUCCAGUAUGGUGUCCUUAUCUCCUAUUGCCACGUGCUGCUUUCACACUGAAGGCCUUCCUUCUACUGCAGCCAUGGUCCAACAAAUUCACCAUGGACAUUACUCAUGUAGACUACAUAGAAAAAAACGAAAUCAAGGGACUGAUCCAGGAACAGCUCAACUCUCUUUCUAAUGACAUCAAAAGUGUUCUCCAGGAUCCAAAUCUGAACUUGCUACAACGCUGCCUCCUUGUGUCUCGGCUGUUUGGUGAUGAAUCAGACCUUCAGUUUUGGACAGUGGCUGCUCAUUACAUCCUGUCCUUUGCCCAGAGCUGCCAGCCCAGUGGAUCUGCCCCAGAAGGCCGAACACCAACUGAGGGCCAACAGAGCACCCCUUUCAGCCACCUGGACAUUUGCCACGACACCCUAUGUGAAAGCUCUUUCUUCCAGAGGUUUCAGCUGGAGCGUGUUCGUCUACAAGAAGUGAAACGAUCCAGCUAUGAACAUACAAAAAAGUGUGCUGAUCAGCUCCUGCUGCUGGGACAGACUGACCGUGCAGUGCAGUUGCUUUUGGAGACAAGUGCAGAUAACUCCAGCUACUACUGUGACUCUCUCAAAGCCUGUCUGGUGACAACUAUCACCUCAUCCGGCCCGUCUCAGAGCACCAUUAAACUGGUGGCCACAAACAUGAUUGCCAAUGGAAAACUUGCAGAGGGUGUGCAGUUGCUCUGCCUGAUCGACAAAGCAGCAGAUGCUUGCCGUUAUCUGCAGACGUAUGGAGAGUGGAACCAUGCUGCCUGGCUGGCAAAGGUACUUUGAGCAAACACAAUCUUGAGCCAUUGAUAAAUAGAUUAUUCAUGGUAUAUUCACAAUUAAUUUGCUUGCAAUAUAAAACUGAUUGACACUGUGUAAAAACUGCAGUUUAAUAUAUGUAUAUAGUUCUGAG